UGUGGGACAAGUUGUGUAGUAUGUAUACCUACCAGCACAGGGCUAAUGCUUUAGGAGUUAGUAUACUUUCACAGAAAUUUUCGGAUUUCUGAACUCACUUACUGCUUCAGUCAGGGCUGCUAGAAGUAAUAUCAAAAGGAUGGAGAGUAUGAAGUCUCCAUUCCGAGGGAUAUUAGGUGACAUCAGACAGAGAGUAUUGUGCUACAAACAAGAUUGGACUGAUGGUAUUGUGCCAGGAUUCAGGAUAUUAGCUCCAACUGCUUACAUCUUUUUUGCUUCUGCGCUUCCUGUCAUUGCUUUUGGAGAGCAACUUAACCGAGACACAGAUGGAAGCUUGAGCACGGUGGAGACACUGGCGUCAACUGCUAUGUGUGGCAUCAUACACUCGAUUCUUGGUGGACAACCUCUUAUGAUAUUGGGAGUUGCAGAACCUACUAUUAUAGUUUAUACAUACUUGUACAGUUUUGCUAAAGGGAGGCGGGAUUUGGGGCAACAGCUGUUCUUGGCUUGGGCCGGAUGGGUAUGCAUAUGGACAGCUCUACUACUGUUUGUUAUGGCCAUUUUCAAUGCUUGUGACAUUAUCACUAGAUUCACAAGGAUUGCAGGGGAAACAUUUGGAAUGUUAAUAUCAAUUCUUUUCAUUCAAGAGGCUAUCAAGGGACUGGUAAGUGAGUUCCAGAUACCAAAAUCCACCAACCCAGGUUCAGCUAAGUAUCAUUUUCAGUGGCUUUACACUAAUGGCCUGCUGGGAAUCAUAUAUUCAUUUGGCCUUCUAUACACUGCGUUAAAAAGCAGGGGAGCCAGAUCGUGGUUGUAUGGAACGGGGUGGCUUAGAGGUUUUGUAGCUGACUAUGGGGUUCCCUUAAUGGUUGUAGUGUGGACAGCCCUCUCUUUUUGUGUACCAAGCCAAACCCCAUCCGAUGUUCCUAGAAGACUUUUUAGCCCGUUUUUGUGGGAUUAUGCAUCUUUAUACCAUUGGACUGUAAUCAAGGACAUGAAUAAGGUUCCUCUGCUAUAUAUCCUCGCUGCCUUCAUACCGGGUGUUAUGAUAGCUGGGCUCUAUUUUUUCGAUCAUAGUGUUGCUUCACAGUUGGCUCAGCAAAAGGAGUUUAACCUCAAGAACCCAUCUGCUUAUCAUUAUGACAUGUUCCUACUUGGAUUUAUGACAUUGCUAUGCGGAUUGCUUGGAUUACCACCUUCAAAUGGUGUUUUGCCUCAGUCACCAAUGCACUCUAAAAGUCUAGCUGUUCUUCAAGGACAGAUUACGAGAAAGAAGAUGGUGGAGAGUGCCAAUGAAAGCAUAAAACAGAAAGCUAGUGAUUCUGAAAUCUACAACAACUUGCAAAAAGUUUUCACAGAAAUCGACAACUCUCCAAUUACAACUGUUAUCAUUAAAGAUCUACAAGACUUGCAGGACAUAGUCAUGGGUAUAGAAAACGGUGGGGAAAACACAAAGAAAAAGUUUGAUCCUGAGAUACACAUUGAUGCCUAUUUACCAGUCCGAGUUAGCGAGCAAAGAGUCAGCAACUUUCUACAAUCGCUACUUUUAGCAGCGUCGAUUUUUGCCAUGCCCCUAAUUAAAUUGGUACCCACCUCAGUUUUAUGGGGUUAUUUCGCUUAUAUGGCCAUUGACAGUCUUCCAGGAAACCAAUUCUGGGAAAGAAUCUUACUUCUUUUCGUUCCAAAUGGACGCAGAUACAAGGUUCUUGAGAAGAAUCACGCUUCUUAUGUCGAGACUGUACCACAUAGAACAACGGUGCUAUUCACAUUCUUCCAGAUUGUCUAUUUUCUGGCAUGUUACGGUGUGACAUUGAUCCCAAUCGCGGGCAUUCUUUUUCCUGUGAUGUUCUUCCUUCUGAUCAUCAUAAGACAAUACAUACUACCAAAGAUGUUUCACCCUCAUCAUUUGAAUGAAUUGGAUGCAGCCGAUUAUGAGGAAAUCGCCGGCGGUCUGUCACAACCUCUACUACAAUGCUGUUAAAUUCUAUAUUAUUAGUAAUUUAGUACAAUGGCUAUGUCAUAUACAGAGGGUCUAGUAUUGCUUCACGAAUAUAUGUCAUGUCAUUGAUACUUCUUACGUGCUUGAUAAUU